AUGGAGCUCCAUAAUACUAUAUUAUUAAACUGGAAUGCUAACGGUCUUAAAAAUCAAAGAAAUACAUUACUAGCUUUUCUUAAUCAUCACAACAUACAUAUCGCAUGCAUUACUGAAACGCAUUUGUCGCAUACAGAUAAAAUUAAAUUCCCUGGUUACAAAAUUUACCGCGCUGAUCGUAUUACACAAUCUCGCGCCAUGGGCGGAGUGGCUAUUCUAGUACGGAACCAAAUCAAACAACAACAAUUGCCUACACUCGUUCUGUCGUACCUAGAAGCCGUAGCAGUUUCCAUUAACAUUAACAAUAAGUAUAUAACGUUCGUCAGUGCGUAUCAACCUCCUAGUCGCCAAAAGCUUAUCGCAGACAUUGAAAUAAUCAUGAACUUAGAUAACUCAGUUAUAAUUGCGGGCGAUUUAAAUUCUAAACACAUUAACUGGGGAUGCCGUGUUACAAAUCCAAAUGGCUCUAAAUUACAAGCAUUCAUAGGAAACACACCUUUUACAAUAUCAGCUCCAAAUACACCUACCUACUUCCCAACAGAUUUAAACCGUUUGCCCGACAUAUUAGACAUUUUAAUAAUUAAAUCUGUCCCAUUUGUAUGCGUGCACGAACCUCUCAUCGAACUCGACUCGGAUCACAUACCUGUUAAAAUAACGAUUAACUCACCCUCUCUUUUUCGCUGUACAAAUAACUCAUUAAUUAAAGGAAAACCAGACUGGAUUAGAUUCUCUAACCAUGUACAAUCUAAUCUGAAAAUACCAACAUGUGUACCUACCAUUCAAAUAGCAGAACAAACAGCUGAUCAUCUGACGGGCGUCAUAAUAGAAGCCGCUCAGUCCUGUUCUAACUCCGUACCGCAAAAUAUACACAGUCCUGGCAUCCUACCACACUCCAUAUCUUCACUUAUUCGUCGUAAACAUUUAGCCAGGCGCACCUGGCAAAACCAUAGGAACCCUGCAGAUAAAAAAAUACUAAACCUACUCACCAAAGAAGUCCAAGCAGCUUUACAAAAUUACCGUGUAGCCUCAUACAAUAGUUACCUGUCUAACAUGCGACCGGGUGAAUCAAAUUUGUGGAAAGCAACAAAAAGGCUACUAAACCAAGCUACCAACACCAUUCCUCCUCUUCGCACUGAUGCAAAACUUGUUAUAUCCGAUCAAGAAAAAUGUGAUGUUUUUUCAAACAUGCUGUACAAUACCUUUUCUCCCAACCAUAUCUGUAAUCCAAGCAAUGACCUAAGAGUAAAACACACCUUAGAACUACCAAAUUAUGAAGUCCAAAAUUCCAUAAAUUACGUAACGCCAAAUGAAAUCAAACAAAUUAUUAAUAAUCUCCCGAUCAAAAAAUCACCGGGUCACGACAAAAUUACAAACCUUAUGCUAAAAAAAUUACCACCGAAAGGACUAGUGUUUAUGACCACAUUAUUUAACUCUUUACUGCGUCUUGGCCACUUUCCGCCCAAAUGGAAAGUUGCAAACAUAAUACUAAUAAAGAAACCUGGAAAGGACAAAUCCAUUCCUGACAGCUACAGGCCAAUCAGCCUCUUAUCUUCAAUUUCAAAAUUGUUUGAAAAAAUCAUUCACACUAGACUUCUUUUCUACUUAAAUGCCAUAGAUAUUAUACCUAAAUUCCAAUUCGGGUUUAGAUCAAAUCAUUCUACGGUUCAACAAUUACUUAGAAUAACUGAACACAUUAAUACUGCAUUUGAAAAACAUUGUCAUACGGGAGCUGUAUUUAUAGAUAUUUCCAAAGCAUUUGAUAAAGUAUGGCACGAGGGCCUACUUUUUAAACUAAAAUCCAUUAGUACUCCAUCUUACUUAUUCAAUAUUAUUAAUUCAUUUUUACUUAACAGGCAGUUCGCUGUUAAAAUAAAUGAUAACACCUCAGACCUCAUGCCUAUAUCUGCUGGUGUACCUCAGGGCUCUAAGCUUGGUCCCAUACUAUUUAACAUCUACGUAUACGAUAUCCCCCAGUCACCUCGUACGAAUAUUGCCCUCUUCGCUGAUGAUACUACAAUAUUCACCGAAUCACGUAACAUUGAAGCAUUAACCACAAAUCUGCAAGCACAUCUUGAUGUAAUAUCUUAUUGGUGUAAAAAAUGGCGUAUUCAAAUAAAUGCGUCAAAAAGCACAGGAGUUAUUUUCAGUCUUCGUCCUUACCACUUCCCUGAACAAUUAACAUUUAACAAUGUAAAUAUACCAUGGAGCUCGACAGUUAAAUACCUCGGUUUGACAUUGGAUAAACGGCUAACAUGGCAGCCCCAUAUCUCUUCCAAACUUCAACAGGCAUAUCAGCGCCUUUCUAUGUUAUACCCUAUUCUCAAUAAAAAAUCUCCAUUACAGAAAAAAUGCUCUCUUCUUAUAUUUAAACAAAUUCUACGUCCACUUCUCACUUAUGCGUGUCCGGUCUGGGGGAAAUGCGCGACCACUCACAUCAAUAAAAUUCAAAUUUUUCAAAAUAAAGUGCUACGUAUUAUUUCCAACGCGCCUUGGUUUAUAAGGAACGUAAACCUACACAAAGACCUUCAGAUCCAGGAAAUCACAGACUUCAUUAAAACCUCAUCAAAAAACUUCCAUACCGCACUGCUCAGCUCUCCUGGCUCACUUCAUUAUCAGCUCCAUGUACAUCCACCUCAACGCAGACUAAAACGUGGACGUCCACAUGACCUUCUGGUUUAA